AUGGCUCUAAUUUUGAGAUAUGUCAACAAAAGUGGAAUGGUGAUAGAGCGAUUCUUGGGUAUUGUCCACGUAAAUGAUACAUCUUCUCAAUCAUUAAAAAAGGCAAUUUAUUCUUUGCUUUUGGAUCACUCAUUAUGUACAUCCAAAAUACGUGGUCAAGGUUAUGAUGGGGCUAGUAAUAUGCAAGGGGAAAUAAAUGGUCUCAAGUCUUUGAUUUUACAAGAUACGUCAUCUGCAUAUUCUAUUCACUGUUUUGCUCACCAAUUGCAAGUGACACUUGUAGGUCUUUCCAAAAAGAAUUCGGAUGUGAAUAAUUUUUUUUAUGCUCUUACUAAUAUUUUGAAUACUAUUGGAGCUUCAUUUAAACGCAGAGAUUCACUUCGACAACAUCAAGAAGAUAAGUUGGAAGAGUUGCUUAAAUUUGGAGAAGUUCAUACAGGGCAAGGUUUGAAUCAAGAACGUGGCCUCCAACGACCGGGUGAUACUCAUUGGGGGUCUCAUUUUAAAACCUUGAACAAUUUCCUGAUUCUGUUUUCUUCAAUUGUUAAUGUGAUUAAGGAUAUGAAACGUGAUUGUCCAUAUCAUCUUGAUAGAUUUGCGGCGAAAAAUAUUUUGAGCAAGAUUCAUGAAUUUGAAUUUGUCUUUAUGUUGCACUUGAUGUUUAAGGUGUUGCUAUUGACGAAUGAGUUGAUUAAAGUUUUACAAAAGAAAGAUCAAGAUAUCGUUAAUGCUAUGGGAUUGCUUGACCUUUCAAAGAAACGAUUGCAAAUGAUGAGAGAGGAUGAAUGGGACUCUAUGAUGGAUGAGGUUAGCUUAUUUUGUGGUAAACAUGGAAUUUCAAUUCCCAAAAUGAAUGAAGACUACUCUAAUGGGAAGUCGAAGCAUAAGAGGCACACUAUUUGA